AUGUUUGUUUUCGCUCCAAGAACCCUAUCCCCUUCUCUGUUCUUCCACAAUCCAAUUCUCCAAAAUCCUAAGCCGACGAUCAAUUUGAGCCUCAAAUCGGAGAUUCAGAUUGAGAGAGGCCUCGAAUUCGAGACCGGCGAGUCGUUUUUCCGCCGCGAGAGCGCCGCGGGCCGCGACCUCGGCGUCCUCGCGGCGUCGCUCUACAGGAAAUCCAAGGGCAAAUUGCGAGUUCUCGACGGGCUCUGUGGGUGCGGAAUCCGGUCGCUCCGGUACCUCGUCGAGGCCGAGGCGGAUUUCGUGUUGGCGAACGAUGCGAACGACGAGAAUCGGGGAGUAAUCUGCCGGAACUUGGCGCAGGUGCCGAGGGGUUUUGGCGAUGAGCGGAGGUGGACGGUGACGAAUUUUGAGGCGAACCGGGUCAUGACGGAGUGUUAUCUUCAAAGAGAUUUCUUUGAUUUGAUUGAUGUCGAUUCGUUCGGGAGCGAUUCGUCGUUCUUGAGGUCGGCGAUGAAUGCUCUGCGAUUGGGUGGCUUGCUUUACGUUACUUCCACCGACGGUUUCUCGUCAGGUGGUCAUAGACCUUAUCAUUCUUUAGCUGCAUAUGGAGCGUAUAUUCAACCAAUGCCGUAUUCGAAUGAGAUCGGACUGCGAAUGCUUAUAGGCGGGGCUGUCAGGGAAGCUUCUGUGUUGGGCUAUCGUGUUGCUCCACUGUUUUCGUAUUAUUCAUAUCACGGACCAGUUUUCAGAGUCAUGCUUAGAGUAAAUCGUGGGAAGCUUCCAGAUAACAGGAAUUAUGGCUUCAUUAGCUAUUGUCACCAAUGUGGAAACUCCCAAGCAUUUUCAUGGGAUGAACUUGGUCAGAUCAGUUGCCCAUGCAGCGGUUCUAAGUCGGUCAUCGUCUCAGGGCCACUUUGGACAGGACCUCUCCACGAGGCCUCCUAUCUUACAGAAAUGUUAAAUUUGGCUGGGGCAUGGGGAUGGGCAGGCAAAGACACAGGGACAGAAACUGAUACUGGGAAGCUUUUGAAACAAAUGUUGGAUGAAAGUGAUCCCCGAUUGCCAUUUGGGUUCAUAAAAUUGGAUGAGGUGGCAAGCCGGGCAAAAAUAAAUUCUCCACCACUAAGGAUCGUAAUGGAAACCAUACAAAAGGAAAAUAAACCUCGUGAGAAAAUUUCUUUGGUACGGGAGAUGGUCGCCCAAGAAGGUUAUGCUGUUAGUAGGUCGCACAUUUGCUCUAAUGCAAUAAAGACAGAUUGUCCCAUGACAGAAUGCAUAAGAAUCGCCAAGGAAUUACAGCAAUGUGACUCGGCUGCAGCUGUCAACUUGUAGACUAAUGUUGGCGGCAAAUGUUGCGCCUGUUCUUGCACAAGCUCAAAUAUGCAGGCUAUCGUUUUCGUCUAAUUGCGAAGAGUUCAUAUGAUAUAUUGUUGGAGGUUUAGAGCCCGUUUAAUUCGCUGUUUCGAGUUUUUAAUUCGAGUUGAGAUGCGAUUUUAUG